AAAUCACGUGACUGGAGAAGCGGAAGAAUCGUUGCGGUAAAACAAACCGAGCUUCGAUACAUUUGUUCCAACACGUUGCUUCAGUUUGUUUUGUUUUUUUUUUUGGUAGCAUGGAGAAUGUAAGCCUCAUUUUUGUCCAAGUUGAUUAAGAAAUAGCCGGUUUCCUCAGUUUGUUUCGUUUCUCCCUCUCCCCAUCGUCUCUUCAUGCUGCUGCGGCGCGUUUGUUCACUAAACCACAAGCUAGCGAGACGGGGACUGAGGUCACAGCCGGGAUGCGGCCUCCUCCACCGCGCUGUUUCCUUCAGCAGCAGCCGCUAUCGAGGCGUCAGUUCUGGCGGAGACAGCGCGCAGCAGCACGCAGAGAACGGGGCUCCUCAGGAGCAGUACCGACACACGGUGCUGCUUCCUCACACGGAGUUUGCGAUGAAACUGAGCGGACAAAAGCUGCUGGACCGAGAACUACAAAUCCAAAAGGAGUGUGGAUUUGCAGAGUUGUACUCCUGGCAGAGAGAGAGGAAGGCCAAGAAAGAGUUUUGUCUUCAUGAUGGCCCACCGUACGCCAAUGGAGAUCCUCAUGUUGGACAUGCACUCAAUAAGAUCCUGAAAGAUAUCCGUAACCGUUUUGAGAUGCUCAGAGGACGGCUGGUCCACUACGUUCCAGGCUGGGACUGCCAUGGGCUGCCCAUUGAGCUGAAGGCUCUUGGAGAGCUUGGGACUAGUGGCCUCAGUCCUCUACAAAUCAGACAGAAAGCUCGGCAGUUUGCAGAGGGGGCCAUAGCUCGUCAGAAGGCUGCUUUCCAACGCUGGGGGGUAAUGGCUGACUGGGACCAGUGUUACUACACAUUCAGUGGGGAAUACGAGGCGACACAAUUGAAAGUCUUCCAGGAGAUGCACAGCAAGGGUCUUAUCUACCAGGACUACAAGCCAGUCUUCUGGUCUCCUUCAUCAAGAACGGCUCUAGCCGAGGCAGAGUUGGAAUAUAAUCCUGAGCAUGUGAGCAAAGCCAUUUAUGUCAAGUUCCCUCUGGUCACCGUGCCACCUGCGAUCACCUCUGAAGCAGAUCUAGGCAAUAUUUCUGUGUUAGUGUGGACCACCCAGCCCUGGACCAUUCCAGCUAACCAGGCUGUCUGCUACAUGUCCAACACCCAAUACUCGCUGCUGAAGCAGUCGGACAGCUCUCAGCUGCUCAUAGUGGCCACUGAGCGCACAGCCAGCACGGCAGCACUGCUGGGAACAGAGCUGGAGACCGUGGGCACCUUCACAGGGACUCAACUCGAGGGCGGGUUCUGUAAACAUCCCACUAUUUCUGACAAGGAAGUUCCUCUGUUGCCAGCCAAUCAUGUGACAAUGGCGAAAGGAACAGGAUUGGUUCACACAGCGCCAGCUCAUGGCAUGGAUGACUACAGUGUGGCACUGCAGUUUAAACUGUCAGUGGAGUGUAUGAUGGAUGAGGACGGCAGGUUCACUGAGCUGGCCGGCCCUGAGCUGGAGAAUCUGUCUGUUAUGGAGCAAGGCACUGAUAAAGUGAUCUCCAUGCUGAAGGAGUGCGGUGCUCUGGUGAAGGAGGAGCGCUGCGUCCACAGCUACCCAUAUGACUGGAGGACGAAGCAGCCUGUUGUCAUUAGACCCAGUAAACAGUGGUUCAUUAACACCACGUCACUCAAAGACAAAGCCAAGGAGGCGUUGAAGAAGGUACGUGUUUUGCCGGAGUCGGCGAGGGGCAGCCUGCUGGCCAUGUUGGACAGAAGAAGCUACUGGGCUGCAUCCAGACAGCGAAGCUGCGUCCCCAUCCCAGUCUUCUACCACAAAACCGGAGAGGCUCUCAUCAACAAACACACAAUGCUGCACAUAAUAAACCUCUUCAAAGAAAAAGGCAGCGACUGUUGGUGGGAGCUUCCCAUCAAGGCACUGCUGCCAGCAGAGGUCCUCAACAAGAGUAAAGGAGGUCCAGUGACUGACUACAUGCGUGGACAGGACGUGCUGGACAUCUGGUUUGACAGCGGAUCAUCAUGGGCUGCCGUCCUAGAAGAGAUGGACUCCAGGGCCGAUGUGUAUGUGGAGGGGAAGGACCAGGUUGGAGGAUGGUUUCAGUCCUCCCUGCUCACCAGUGUCGCCACCAGAAACAAAGCACCGUACAAGUCUCUGGUGGUUCAUGGCUUUGCUGUCAGUGAGAAGGGAGAGAAGAUGUCAAAGUCUCUGGGAAACGUUGUUGAUCCUGAUACGGUCAUCAACGGGGAGAAGGAUGGCAGUCUGCCAGCGUACGGGGCAGAUGUGCUACGUUGGUGGGUUGCAGAGUCAAACAUCUUCACUGAGAUUCAGAUUGGUCCCACUGCCCUCAACUCUGCCAGAGACCGUAUCAACAAGUUGAGGAAUACUCUAAAGUUCAUGCUUGGUAACCUGCAGGGUUUUGACCCACGUGCUCAGGCUCUUGACCCCAAACAGAUGUACUACAUUGACCAGUACAUGUUACACCUCCUCCGCGAGUACAGCAUGAAGGUGACGGACGCCUACAGUGAUUUUGAUGUCAGCAGAGUCAUCCGUACCCUCCAAGCUUUCAUUACCAGAGACCUCUCUAGCUUUUACUUCAGUAUCAUUAAAGACAGGAUGUACUGCGAUCCGGUGGACUCGUUGGGUCGACGAUCGUGUCAGACAACCUUGGAGGAAAUUCUGGACGGCAUUACGAGAUCCAUAGCGCCGAUCUUGCCACACCUAGCUGAAGAGGUCUACCUGCAUGCACCAGGACACGACAAAGGGGAGACCUUGUUCAGGAGCGGCUGGAUCAAAAGCAGUUCAGGGUGGAACCGUCCAGGACUGCAGGAGGCAGUGGAAGGUGCUUGUGCCAUCAGGGACUCCUUCUUUUCCUCCAUUGCAAGUACAAAUCCUGCCCAGUACGACCUCACCAUUGCCAUCGAACCGAGUCUACUGUUUGAACUCAUGGAGUCCCUCCAGGAGGAGCCCUCCUCCACCUCGUCCCAGCUGGCUGAGUUGAUGAUGGCUGCACGAGUCAACCUGACCACUGCGCUACCCCGUGACCUGCCCUCAGACGCCCUGAUGAACUACGGCACCUUCCUCAUCAAUCUGGAAGGCGGUGUGAUCCGUGAGGACAGUUCCUACAGUGUCGCCGCGGUUCCCACCGCUGCUGCUCGAUGCCCACGCUGCCGCCGCUACACCUCCGAGUCAGCAGACUGUUUGUGCCCGCGCUGCCACGAUGUUGUUUCACAGGAUCACUGAGAGCGCAACAUCGCCAUUGCGGUUAACGGCCAAUCAUGGCUGUUUCAAGAGACCUCAGAUUUUGGAGGAACAGAAACACGCUCAUGAAGCAUUUGUGCAUCCUGCAGAUGGGUGUGAGACUGAGGCAGAAAAAUGUUACUUUCCAGCUCUCAUCAUUUGUGUCUGCAAAAUCACUAAAUAAAAGUGAAACUGUCAUCAGCGUAAAAUCUUUCUAGCAGUCUGGUUUUUCUGUGACAGAAUUGUUUUCUUUCUCACCUUUUCUUCUGAAUGUUCAGUGGCUCUGCCUAGUUUGAGGGUUCGAUUGUUUCCUGUCUACAUAUAAGGUGACCUUUUGACCUUUACUAUCCUGCUGCCAAAUGCAACCCUUCUAAAACAGGGAAAUGUAUUUUCAGUUUGCUGUUUGUUUGUUUUGGGUGUCAUUGUUACGCACUUAAACCAGUGUAAAAUUCCAAACCACAUCUCCAUCACGUUAUCAGUGUGCAAUCGUGCAGACGCUUUACUGUUUAUUAUACUGAGAUCACAGGUUGUCUUUAUUCACAUUUAUGAAGAAAAGCCAGAUGUGGAGGCACUUUUCUCCUGGAGGUGUAAAUCAACCAGUUAGUGAUACUGUGGGCGAGUUCACUUUUUAUAUGUUUAUAAAAUCUGUCUCGUUUUGAAAGGAAGUUUGAGAAAUGUCUGAAAAUAAAGUUGAAUCUGUUAAAUA